AUGACUCUUUUUUCAUUAUAUACAAACUGCUGCACGGACAUGAAGAAUAAAGAUAUGGGCACAGCACGUUCAGUACACAAUGAUUUUCCGUUGUUAACCUUGGAGUGGAUUGGACUGUGUCCAGGCAUCGCAGCCACNCGUUCAGUACACAGUGAUUUUCCGUUGUUAACCUUGGAGUGGAUUGGACUGUGUCCAGGCAUCGCAGCCACAGUCAGUCAUGAAUUUCUUUUGGUUUUGCAUUUUUGCUCUAUUAUUGUGUCUGCCUCACGCAGUCACUCUUUUUUUACAUUUUUCUUUUGGUAUAAAGAUCGAUGGGUUGUAGGUGUUUGA